UCUAUUGUUUAACAAACCAAUAUCAAUAAAGUACUACAAUGUGCGCGUAUACAGGUAAGUCAAACGCACAUGAUAACGCUCAACAGAAAUAUUUGCUCGACGAUAACAAUUUAGAAAAUUAUCAUAUAAAUUAUUACUCGACGAUAAUAAUUUUACGUACCAUCGUGGUUAUUUGAAUGUAGCCAUAAUGAUUCAAAAGAAGCAGACUGAGAAGCAUAUUUUUCAUAUUGAAUAAUAAAUGAGUCGGAAUACCUGCGUUGCAUCGAUAUAGCAACCAUCGAUUAUUAGCAUUAGUUAUCUCGAGAAUGGCAAGAGAACGAUGGAAGGAUGAUAUCACGUACGCGAUCACCCCUUUCAAAUUGAUUACAUGGCCUAUUGGCGUAUGGCCACUUCAAGUUUAUGACAUUUAUUCGCUGUUGCGUUGUGCUUUAGGCAUUUGUUGUGCGAGCCUGGUUGUGAUCUUGCCUUUCAUGGAGAUAUAUAUGGGUUGUACUGACGUAGAGCAAAAUAUAGAUUGCCUGAUGAUAAUCUGUUGCGGAUUUCUCGGUGCGCUAAAAACGACAUGGUUCCGCAUUUAUGCAAAUAGUUUGAUUAUCAAUUACAACUCUGCUCUAAACGAUUAUCACACGAUUGUCAAUACAAAAGAUCGCGACAUUAUGAAAAGACACGCUUUCAUAGGAAGAACUAUUUGUUCUUCCUUAUUGACCAUUGCUUAUAUUUGUUGUCUAACAUAUGGGCUAAUUCCUAUUUUGGAUUACGAUAUAAGUAAUCGGAUUAACAAAACAAAUGAAGAUACGACACUAGAGUACGUUAUACCAUCAAGAUGCACUCUGGAAUAUUUUAAUUUUCCAACAUACAUGUAUACAAUUUUCUGUCUGAUCGAAACUGUUGUAAUGUUGUUGGCAGCUACAACUAAUCUUGGUAAUGAUGCAUUGUUCCUCAACAUUAUAUUGCAUGUUUGUGGUCAAGCAAACAUUCUGAGGAUCCGUUUCAUCAAUUUUGAUGUCACAAGUCCGCGAAUCCAUGAUCGAUUCAACGAACUAAUUCAAAGACAUCAUUAUGUGAUAAUGCUGGCCAGGAAACUUGCCGAUCUAAUCAGUUUCGUAUUGCUGAUAGAAUUAUUCAUUAUCAGCAUAUUAUUAUGUAUAGUGGGAUUUCAGCUUAUUUUUGCAUUCAAAGUCAAUGACACCGUUAUGAUAGGAAAAAAUUUAAUUAUUCUGAGUGGCGUCCUGACACAACUAACAUUGUAUAGCUUUAUCGGGAAUUACAUGAAAUCUGAAAUGGAAGAGAUAGGACUUUCUAUUUAUCAAAGUGCUUGGUACAAUUUUCCUAGAAAAUUAGUAAAAAGUGUAAUCUUUAUUCUUAUGCAGACAAAAUCUCCAGUCGCAUUGCAAGCUGGAAAUUUCAUCGUAGUCAAUCUGUCAACUUAUGUGAGCAUUUUAAAAACCAGUUUUUCAUAUUUGUCUGUACUUCGUAUUAUGCUCGAAGUGUGAAAUAUAAAA